AUGGAAGGCUCCACAGAUGCUCACAGUGGGACCCACGAAAUAGGGAUCGUUCGUGCGGCCAGUAGUGACUACGAUCCCAAGAGACAGCUCUUCGCAGACGAUGCGCUUAAGCAGGAGUGGGCAAGUUUUUACGAUCUGAUCCCCAGCUCCGAUGCGCCUUUCCUCCAUGCGACAGAUGGAAGGAGACCGCUGAGCUUAAAGGAGCUCAAGGAGUUCGUCACCAGCGAUCAGGUCGAAGUUCUAGGGCUUGGUCGCGAG